AGACACUAAUGGCAGAUUUGAGUGAAAUAAAUAAUAAUUUUCUAGAAUUGUUAUCUUUUAUACCAGAAAAUUUAUAUUCGCAUAAAGAGAUUAAUUUAGAUGAAAAGUACUUCAAAAAAUCUUCAAACGCUUCAAAAUUACAGUUGAAAUUGAAUAAACAGAAGUCUUUAAGGGAGAAGCUCGAUCCUGUUGUUAACGGCGAUGCUGAGAGUGAUAACCUUGAUACAAACGCUUCAAAUAUAGACGAUGAUGGUCAAUCUUUGCAAGAUUUGGCAGACUCAGACAGCUCGUCUAUUCAGCCUAUGCCCUCCGCUGGUGAACACAACAAGCUUAAGGAUAAGUUACACACCAGGUUGUUACACAUGCAGCGUAAAAGACACGGUAUAAACCCAUUAGAUAACACCAAAGACGCCUUGUUGCAAUCGAGAAGACACCAAUCUAUCAACCAGCCAAAGAAGAAGGUUCAAUUAGAUAAGAAACCUCUCUAUUUGGAUAACAAGGGCAAAUCAACACAAUCAACUUCCACAGAAGACAAGCAACAGGAUUCUUCACUUCAGUUCUCACAUUUACAGAAGAUAAACGAGAUAAAGCAACAAAAGAAGCAACCAUCAGAUCCUAAACAAGCAUUACAGCAAUUACAAGCUAAGAAACUGAAGAACAAGGAAAAGCAAUCUGCUGAUAACGACAACGAAGACGAUAAUAGUGAUUUGUGGAAAUCAGCAUCCGCCAAAGCUUCAGGUAUAAAGGUCAAUGACGACGAGGCUAGACUUAAAAAGCAAAUCAAGAGAAAGGAUAAAGUUAAAGCGAAGUCAUCCAAAGAUUGGUCAGAACGUAAGAAGAAUCUCGAGAAGAGUAUGGCUACAGCCCAGAAGAAGAAAGCUGACAAUGUCGCUAACCGCAAAUCAAAAAAUAAGUCAGCGGGUCCAUCAAAAUCUAAAAAGAGGGCUGGAUUUGAAGGCAAAAUUUCUAAUUCGAAGAAACCUACUAAGAAGUAGAAAUUUAUUUAUAUUAUAAUACAUU